AUGGCGAUAUGGGGGCGGCCAACUGGCCACCAGGCUACGCCUCCGGUCCGAAGAGAGGAAGAGGCAGGUGAUGCCCGGAGGCAAUACCUGUGGAACACGCCGGAUGGAGAGAAACCCGAUUUCGCCGAGACUUACACGCACGGAGACGAGGUGGUCUUCUCAUGGAAUGCCCUCAACAACAGCAUCUACGAUUUGUGGCUCACAAGUUGGAAGCCCGGACCCGACCCGGUGGCAGUGUGCCUGGCAAUCAAUCUUGCCCACGAUGGCAACCUCAAGCUCGUCACAUCCGAUCCCCCAACGGCACAGUUCGCCAACGAGACGAGAUAUGUGCUCCGCUUCAAGCCCACGACGGGCCGAGGGGAGUUUGUGGCUUCGGACCCCGACCUGUCCAGCCCGGGCUUUUUGCUCGUCGAGCCGGCGUUUCACCAGCAAGACGUCCCCAGCACCACGGCGCCGUCCAUGCCCACAAUAUCCCGAGUGAUCCCGGCAAGGGAAACAGCGACCACAAUGGCAGACUCGGGCUCGGAGGAGCCAUUCUCAAACGUAACCCCCGCGGCGGCGGCCGGGUUGACGAUCGGGUUAAUACUUAUGGUGGCGUUAUUGGUGGCGGGGGAGGUCUGGUAUCUAAUGUGGCGCCGGAAACGGCGGCGCGGGGGCGGCGAGGACGGGACAACGCCGGCGUCAAGCCGGUGGAGGAUGAAGCGGUUCGGGAAAGGCGACCGGGGAGUGUUCGUCCGCGUGGACAAGGCCGAGAUGGUCAUCGAUGACUCGAUUUGGAUGUCACCGGAGUUGCCGGGGGAUUCAACCUGGGGCGAGAGGCUGGUGCAUGAAUUACAGGGGUCGCGGCUAGGGAGGGGGAAUUCUCUUGGUCGGCCUUUGACGAUUAAUAGUUCGGUGGUGGAGCUCGACGUCGGGCGGGAGGUCGUGAUGCAGCGAGGAAAUGUCAUUGGGGGAUAA